GUUCUGGAUUGGGCAGCCUCGUUGUGGGCUUGGAGUGACGCGGCGGAGCGGCUGCCGGGGGCAUUUUCUUUUUGGUAACUCGGUAGCUGGAGCGAGAAGGGACCAUUGACUUGAUAGGGGAGAGGGGGAAAAAAAAAAAAUCCAUCAGAGGGUCAGAGAACUGAAUCUCUGUAACCAGCAGAGGGGAGACUGAUCAGCGAUGGCUUCGGGAGGAGAGUCCAAAUCUGAUGACUUGUCAACUGCUAUUCUGAAGCAAAAGCACAGACCCAAUCGACUAAUUGUUGAUGAAGCAAUUAAUGAAGACAACAGUGUGGUUUCACUGUCUCAGGCGAAGAUGGAUGAACUCCAACUUUUCAGAGGCGAUACGGUAUUGCUGAAAGGAAAGAAGAGACGGGAGACAGUUUGUAUUGUUCUAUCAGAUGAUACAUGUUCAGAUGAGAAGGUUCGCAUGAACAGGGUUGUGCGCAACAACUUGAGAGUCAGACUGGGUGACAUUGUGAGCAUUCAGCCAUGUCCAGAUGUAAAGUAUGGGAAGCGAAUCCAUGUGCUCCCCAUUGAUGACACAGUUGAAGGCAUUACUGGAAACUUAUUUGAAGUCUAUCUCAAACCCUAUUUCCUGGAAGCUUAUCGACCAAUAAGGAAAGGUGAUAUUUUUCUGGUCCGUGGUGGAAUGCGUGCUGUGGAAUUUAAAGUUGUGGAAACCGAUCCAAGUCCAUACUGUAUAGUUGCUCCAGACACAGUCAUUCACUGUGAGGGUGAACCCAUCAAACGAGAGGAUGAGGAAGAAUCUUUGAAUGAAGUUGGGUAUGAUGAUAUUGGUGGAUGCAGAAAGCAGCUUGCUCAGAUCAAAGAGAUGGUGGAGCUGCCUCUCCGUCAUCCUGCACUAUUCAAAGCUAUUGGUGUCAAGCCUCCAAGAGGUAUUCUGUUAUAUGGCCCCCCUGGUACUGGCAAGACCCUGAUAGCUCGUGCUGUUGCAAAUGAAACUGGUGCAUUUUUCUUCCUUAUAAAUGGACCUGAGAUAAUGAGCAAGCUUGCAGGAGAAUCUGAGAGCAAUCUGAGGAAAGCAUUUGAAGAGGCUGAGAAAAAUGCUCCUGCUAUCAUUUUUAUUGAUGAAUUGGAUGCCAUUGCUCCAAAGAGAGAGAAGACACAUGGAGAAGUGGAACGUCGUAUUGUGUCACAACUGCUCACUUUGAUGGAUGGUUUGAAGCAGCGGGCUCAUGUUAUUGUUAUGGCAGCUACAAAUCGCCCAAACAGCAUUGAUCCUGCCCUUAGACGAUUUGGCCGGUUUGAUAGAGAGGUGGACAUUGGUAUUCCUGAUGCCACAGGUCGACUGGAAAUCCUACAGAUUCACACAAAGAACAUGAAGUUGGCAGAUGAUGUAGACCUUGAACAGGUUGCUAAUGAAACUCAUGGCCAUGUUGGUGCUGAUUUGGCUGCCUUAUGCUCGGAAGCUGCUCUUCAAGCUAUAAGGAAAAAGAUGGAUGUUAUUGAUCUGGAAGAUGAAACCAUUGAUGCUGAAGUUAUGAAUUCACUUGCAGUUACCAUGGAUGAUUUCAGGUGGGCUUUGAGCCAGAGCAAUCCUUCAGCACUGCGUGAGACAGUGGUUGAGGUUCCUCAGGUAACGUGGGAAGAUAUUGGUGGACUGGAGGAUGUGAAGAGGGAGCUUCAGGAACUUGUACAAUAUCCUGUGGAGCACCCAGACAAAUUCCUGAAAUUUGGCAUGACCCCUUCAAAGGGUGUACUAUUUUAUGGACCACCUGGUUGUGGUAAAACUUUGCUGGCAAAAGCCAUUGCAAACGAAUGCCAGGCCAACUUUAUUUCGAUCAAGGGACCAGAGCUUCUUACCAUGUGGUUUGGAGAAUCUGAGGCAAAUGUCCGAGAAAUCUUUGAUAAGGCCCGUCAAGCUGCCCCUUGUGUACUGUUCUUUGAUGAACUGGAUUCCAUUGCUAAGGCUCGCGGUGGCAAUAUUGGUGAUGGUGGUGGCGCUGCUGAUCGUGUUAUUAACCAGAUCCUGACUGAAAUGGAUGGUAUGUCCACCAAAAAGAAUGUCUUUAUCAUUGGCGCUACUAAUCGUCCUGAUAUUAUUGACCCUGCAAUUUUGCGCCCUGGACGCCUUGACCAACUGAUUUACAUCCCACUGCCUGAUGAAAAAUCUCGUGGCGCUAUUCUGAAAGCUAACUUGAGGAAGUCACCUAUUGCAAAGGAAGUUGAUUUGGAGUAUUUGGCUAAGACCACCAAUGGGUUUUCUGGAGCUGAUUUGACUGAAAUCUGUCAACGAGCUUGUAAACUUGCAAUCAGAGAAUCUAUUGAAAGUGAGAUCAGGCGAGAACGUGAAAGACAGGGCAAUCCUUCGGCCAUGGAGGUUGAAGAAGACGAUCCAGUUCCUGAAAUACGCAAGGACCAUUUUGAGGAAGCUAUGCGCUAUGCACGCCGAUCCGUCAGUGACAAUGAUAUUCGAAAAUAUGAAAUGUUUGCACAAACACUGCAGCAGAGUCGUGGAUUUGGCAGUUUCAGAUUCCCAUCUAGUAGCCAAGCAGGUGCAGGACCAAGCCAAGGAACUGGAGGAGGAAGUGGUGGAAACAUGUUCAGUGAAGACAAUGAUGAUGAUCUGUAUGGUUAAACAUACAUUUGUGGACCAAAUUUGACCAGGCCAAGUUGUACAAUUUCCAUUUCUUGGACUGUUGCUUUUCUUUUCCUCCCCUUCAGUCCAGUCUGAGAAGCAUGUGCGGCUUUCAAUAACCUGGUUACAGGGGUUUCUUCUAAGAACCUAUUCUUGAUGUUGGAUGUGAAGUUAUAACUGUUAAAUCACUGCAGAGUAGUCUAUGACUACCUUCUGGGAAACUUCUGUUCUAAUUGAUGAGGCAGAAUCAGCAGCUUUUGCAGUGAGUAUAACUGUAGCCUGAAAACAAAUACAAAAUGCUUAUGGAACUUCAUUUUUUUUAUUUCAGUAGGUGACAUGAUAAAUGUAUACGUUUGAACGAGAUGAGAUUUGAAAUGUUAAGGAACUUGAUAUGAACUGAUAAUAAAAUCUGAAUUGUUGCACCUCCAA